CACCUAGGGUCUCCAGGUGCAAACCCUGCACCUGAGAAAGCCCCCACUUCAAAAGGGCCGCCCUUCUUCAAAGGUGCGACCUCCCCGCCCAGCGUUGUCUCGUCCUUUGCAAGUAUGUCGCAGUCGGCAGGUACCGGUGUAUCCAGCAGUGCAGCAUCGUUCUUUGGUGCCCAGAAUACCAGCACCUCUGCUAGCGAGUCCUUCUCCUUGGGAAGUGUCACCCCGAUGUCUUCAGGAGCCGCAUCGCUGUUUGGGGGAGGAGAGUCAACAACAACCACUCCUGCAAACGAUGGAGGAGGAUCCUUCUUUGCUGGAUUUGGAGGCACCAGCGACAAGAGUGGCUCUGCCUGUAACUUAUUCAGCAGUGGGAACCUGUUUGGAGGAGGGGACAACUCUCCGGGCUCCAACUCUCCCGAAGGGUUCAGCUUCAACUUCGGUGGCGGCGGGGGGUCGUCUCCAAACAGCGAGGCUGGGACGUCGGGGUUUUCACUGUUUGGUUAGAGUUGUGAGCAAAGAAAUGGAGUACUUUUCCUGGCCUAUCUGCAUCCUUUGGCUCUGCAGAAGUGCUCAGGCCCUCCGCUUACUACAGCUUGCCAGGCAGCACAGUCCUUGCCUAGGGUUUUGGCGUCUUCACAAGCCAGUCCAUUUAGUUUUCACUGUUUGGUUAGAGUUGUGAGCAAAGAAAUGGAGUACUUUUCCUGACCUAUCUGCAUCCUUAGGCUCUGCAGAAGUGCUCAGGCCCUCCGCUUA